UCGUGAAGAGUUUUAUUAAAUAAACACAUUUGGCGUUUGUAUUUGAUUUCGUUACUUUUGCGUCAAAAUUUUUGUUUUUAAUCUUUGCAUACUUUGGCCACCAAUUGAAGGAAAAUUUGUUUGUCUUAGCACAUUUGACGCCAACAUCCACAACGCAGUCUGAUAGCCAUUCAGUCACGGAACGGCAUAUUGCAGCAAGAUGCCAGUGACGAGCCCAAGGAAGAACUUGAAUUUCAAGAUCCAAUUGUUGUCGGGUAACAAUGUCGUGUUGGUGGAAUGUCCUGGGUUUGAGAGCGAGUUGUUUAUGCCGCAAAUUGUCAAGGGACGCAUUACUUUUCAAAACAUUAUACCCAAGCGCCGAUGCUGUGAUGCUGCCAACAUGCACACAAAUCCCAUUAUAUUCCCGCGUGGCAUAAGGAGCAACGUCACAAUCACUCCAAUGCGCAACAGUCAGGAACAUUUGAUGCUGAACCGCGAUAAUACCACUGUAAAUACUCCUCUGGCCAAAAGCACGCCAACGAGCCUAACAUCUCUAAGGCUGAGAGCAGGCAAGGAAAAUUAUUUGUCACCGCAAAUGACGCCGGAGCAAGUACGAGCAAGUUGCCCGGUAGCCGAUAUACCAUCAACAGAAGACCUGCAUAUGCUGAAUCUUAGCGCUCCUCGUCUUUCACAAUCAGAGAUGCCUGCUUUCGAUACUGGGGUCGGUUAUACAAGCCAUUCACCGACCGGAAUGGGACUAAACUUGGGAAACGUCAAAUCCAGAGAUCAAAUUGUGUGCGACAUUGCGCGCAAGAUGCAAAUGCCUCUGCGUACUUACUCGCGGCGCAAGCCAAGCAACACAAAUACGACUCCUACAGCAACGACGAACAAACCCAAGCCCGUCUCUUGGUCGCCCCAGAAGAAGAAGAAGGUCUCCACUAAGACCCCGAAUCCUGCUAUGAAAGUGGUAAUACGCACACGUAAACUUAUAGUAGACACCAAGAAAUCUCUUGGACCCCACGACCCUAAUAAAAUAGUGGAAUCCCCCGUAACUAAAAGGAAGAUUAUCAAAAAGCAGGUAUCAGGCAAGACGCGCAAGCAGUUCGAGGCCUUAAAAACGACUGCAUUCGACUUGAUAACUACACCUCUUCACACAAACAUGUCGGGGAAUCUGCAAACACAAUUCAAGCUUGCUUGCGUUAAUAAACGGUCCACAACAUUACCCAAUUAUGCCGAAGUAGCAGCCCUGCCGCCCCUGCAAGUUGACCGUGAGGUAAAAUUGCUGAUUGCAAAGGAGAAACGUCUAAAAAAGGUUAAAACGACGAAGGUUUUGCCCAUGGCAACGUUGCUUAAAGGCAAGAGAAUCUAAAGCUGGCAGACUCCGACCUCAUGUGUAUUUGUGAAAACAUUUAAAUCCGUAGCAUUGGCCUACGCAGUGGAAUUGUAAUGGUUUUAAAUCGUUUUUACAAAUGCUGUUAAGUGUUUUGUAAAUAAUCUUCUGUAUAUGUAGUAAAAUGUACAAAUAUAAUUUAAUGAUCUAUCGUUCUGGCGAUGUGAAAAUCAUUAAUGCAAUAAUGAAGCUAUGUAAA